GAGAGGCCUGCCCAGGCUGGGUUGAGUCGGCCGUGCGCAUGGGGAUCGAGCUGGAAGCUGGGUCCUGUCCCCCGGCUCAGAGAAGAUGGUGCUGGGCGGCUUCCCCGUGAGUUACUUACUGCUGUGCGGUCAGGCGGCUUUGCUGCUGGGGAAUCUACUUCUGCUGCACUGUGUCUCUAGGAGCCAUUCGCACAACGCGACGACAGAGCCGGAUCUCAGCUCCGCUGGCGCCGCCCAUCCGGAGAGCUCUGCGGGCGCCCCGAGCUGGGAAUAUGGCGACCCCCAGUCUCCAGUCAUCUUUUGCUCUUACCUACCUGAUGAAUUUAUCCUAUGUGAAGACCCAGUGGAUCAUGUUGGAAAUGCAACUGCAUAUCAGGAACUUGGUCACGGUUGUCUUAAGUUCGGUGGCCAGGCCUACAGAGAUGUGGAACACACUUUGGUUCAGUGCUCAGCCUUAGACGGAAUUGAGUGUGCCAGUCCUAGGACCUUCUUACGAGAAAAUAAACCUUGUAUAAAGUAUACUGGACACUACUUCAUAACCACUCUGCUCUACUCUUUCUUCUUGGGAUGUUUUGGAGUGGAUCGUUUCUGUCUGGGACAUACUGGCACAGCAGUAGGAAAACUGUUAACACUUGGAGGACUUGGGAUUUGGUGGUUUGUUGACCUAAUUUUGCUUAUUACUGGAGGUCUGAUGCCAAGUGAUGGCAGCAAUUGGUGCACUGUUUACUAAAAGAGCUGCUGUCAGGACCCAGAAAGACCAACCUUCUGAGUUCAUCUCCCCAGGCUCAAAAGUCUUUAAUAUCAGACAACCAUUGCUUUUACUCUUUGGAGUGACUGAGUUUGUUUAAGACAGGUUGUUGGAACUUUGGAUUUUCAGCCCCAGUGGAUGCUAGAAGUGACAGAGUUGUGGGCCUCACAAUUAUAUCAUCUCUUGUGUACAAAGCAAAGGAUAGUGACAAAUUUACAAGCUGCAAAAAAGACUUCCUUGUUCUUUAUUUCUGCACAUUGCAAUACCUUGAAUCCUUUGGAGCAAGUGGUCCCAGCAGGAAUAGCAAAGUGAGUAUGUUUAGCCUUUUGCCUUUUGUGACCCUGAAUCUUCAUGGAGAGGCAGUCUGAAGCUGAACCAAUGAAAAUCAUCAGCAGAAAUAGAAAUGUUCGUGGACUUUAAUAUAUACUGAAAUUCUGAUUUACUGACUUUAAAAUGCAGAAUAAAUUCCAUCCACCUAGAUUGUUAUUUGAGUAUUUCCAGUUGAUCAGGUGAAACUCAAAAUUAUAUUGGUUUUGUUAAAAAAAAAAAAAAAAAAAAAGUUUGAAAUAAACCACCUUACUAAGAAGCCUAGUUACUUCAUUGUUAUGUUUCAAAUAUAUAUAAACUACAGUCAUUUCUUCAUUUCAAUUGUUUUGAAAGCCAGCUAUAUCAGAUGUGUCUGCGUUAAGCUACCUUCUUGAUGGAAUUUUUCUGCUUAAAACAUAGUGUUUACCAGUUUAGAAGAUUGACAUUUAUAGGCAGAUAAAAAUUAUUUCAAAUAACUGUAAAACUGUUCUUCUCAAGUAGGUAACAUGAAAAGCCUCAUAUAAAAAACAAACAAAAAAACGCCUCCUAUUAUUACAUUAUUACUGAGUGUCCGGUAAAUUUAGGAUGUGAUUUAUGAGAGAAAAGUGAACCUACGUACAUCCUGUCGAAAAUAUGCAUUGUACCAGAAGUUCUCACUGAGUUACACUAGCAAGUCACAGAAAAGUUAUAGUCAAGUUACAUUCCCAGACUACUGUGAGUAAAGGAAAAUAGUACACAAGUACAAGUGAUUUUUAAAAUUUAGUUCUAAUCCUUUCCACAUUAAGUUGAAAAGAACUAUUAAAUUGGGGCCUUUGUAGACAAACCUAACUUAGAGCCUAUUAUUCAGUAUAACAAUAAGUCCUAGAAAUAGUCAAGGUCUGGGAACAGGCAGUGGCACACCUGGUUAAACACACACAUUACAGUGUACAAGGACUCAGGUUCAAGCCCCUGUUCCCCACCUGCAGGGGAAAGCUUCACGAGGUGUGAAGAGAGAGAUGCAGGUGUCUGUCUCUUCCCCUUUAUCUCUUGUUCCCUUCUCAAUUUCUCUAUCUCUAAUAAAUAAAUAAAGAUUUUUUUAAAAGACAACAACCAAGGUCCCCUGAUUGACUUAAAGGCUGAAAGUCACUGUUGAAAUAAUUCUGGAUUAUUUAGUGCUCUAUCAUUUAGAAGCUGCUUUCCUAAGAGUUUCCACUGUCAGAAAACGUCGGGUAGUCAAGCUUCCUAAGAGUUUCUGCUGUAUUAUCAUUGAUUACUAUGUUUCCUAAGAGUUUCAGUUAUAUUACCCCUGAUUACUAUGGUCACUGUUCUUAUAUUUAGUGGCAAUUGUGUACAAAUUAAAAACAUUCUGGGGGAAAAAACAAACAAAAAAAAAGCUUUGUCCUAUUUUGCCUUGAAAGUUAUGUACCACAUUGGCCUUAACCUUGUCUGUAACAGUCAUAAUUGGCAAUUUCUCAUUCAUACUCUUAUUUGUAAUAUAUUUAUUCUAAAG